UACCAGAUGAUGGACAGAGUCCAAAAUAAGCCUAAUAGUUGUGUACAGCAUACACCAUCGUCAGAAUCGUUUCAAGUCCAUCAGGUUUUGAAAAGUGAAUUGAGUGCAAUUCGAUGUGCUUGUUCUUCUGUGGAGGAAGGUUAUGAACCUAAAGUGACAUUCCUGGUGGUGGUGAAAGGUCACCACACCCGAUUCUUUCCAAGAGAUGAGGAUGCAGAAGGGGAAAAUAGGAAUGUUCCAGUUGGUACUGUGGUUGAUCGUGAAAUUACUCACCCAACUGAAGUGCAAUUUUAUCUGCUUUCCCAGAUUGGAUUAGCAGAACUAGAGGAUGUUCCUUUGGCUGCGCGGAUUGAUGUGUCAUUCUCAUCAUGGAACCUGAUUUCGUUAUGAUCAACUUAUGAUGCAACAGCUCAGUGACACUUUUCCUAAUUGGUGGAUCAGUCAUGGCAGUACCAUUAACUGCCCAGCACUUGAAGAACAAGCUGUCUUGUGCAAAACAAUACUGCUUUUCAGAAAAGUCUGGAUUAACUAACAUUGGACAAGGGAUUAUCUGGGAGAAGCACCUGGACAGAGUAAUGAAUAAGGUCUACAGGUCUUUGUGGAUCUGUGGGGGCAUGUUUUGAAUAAUGUGGGGACUAAAACUGAAGUUCUUUGCAGAAUGUACACAUGGGUAGUCAUUUUUCAUAAUCUCCUGUCCUGGCAUAGUGUGGUGGCCAAUGGUGGAAUUUAAAGCCAGCAGGACCAAACUUAGCAGAUUGCAAAUACUGGCCUGCCUGGAUAUAAUUGGAGCCAAGCAGAUAACUACAGUUACAACUGAGGCCCUUCUUGAAGUUACCCACAACUGAAGUUGAAGGCCAAGGCCUGAGUCAAAUUUACAGUCAGCUGCAGUGGAAUUUUUAACACAAAUCCAAGUGGUACAUGCUACCUCACAGACCUUGAAACAUAGUCACCACCGUGAAAACAUCAAAUCUUACAUGGAAAAACCCGUCAUACAGAUAUGGACAGACAAAUGAUACCACAGUAUGUAAUAGACCAUUUGUGAUGAGAUUCCCUGACAAAGUGAAUGAGAUUGUGAGUUUCAGCCCCACAGAAAAGGGGGAUUCUGGUAAGCAGAUGGGUCCAAGACAAAGUCAGGCGCUAGUUCUGGGGUGUAUGAAUAUGUCACAAUGAAGAAACUUAAGCGGACCCUACACGAUCAGUAAUAAUGUCAUUACUUCCUUCAUUACCUUUCAACCUUGCACAUUUAUUUUGUGUCAGUUUUCUCGAGGAUUAUAAUGGAUCCUCGCAGAAAAGCGUGUAUUGCUAUAAUUUUAGCAUUGGGCACAAAAC